AUGGGUCGUCGUCCAGCUCGCUGCUACCGUUACUGCAAGAACAAGCCAUACCCAAAGUCGCGCUACAACCGUGGUGUGCCCGACCCCAAAAUUCGUAUCUAUGAUUUGGGCCGCAAGCGUGCCUCUGUCGACGAUUUCCCAUUCUGCUGCCAUCUCGUGUCCGACGAGUAUGAACAACUGUCAUCUGAAGCAUUAGAAGCAGCACGUAUUUGUGCGAACAAGUAUGUGACCAAGACGGCUGGCAAGGAUUCGUUCCAUCUCCGCGUGCGCGUGCAUCCAUUCCACGUCCUUCGUAUCAACAAAAUGUUGAGCUGCGCUGGUGCCGAUCGACUGCAGACGGGUAUGCGUGGUGCCUGGGGCAAGCCGUAUGGAACCGUCGCUCGUGUGGAUAUUGGUCAAAUUAUCCUGUCGAUUCGCUGCAAAGACGCCAACGCUGCCGUUGUCCAAGAGGCUCUCCGCCGUGCUCGUUACAAGUUCCCUGGCCGCCAAAAGAUUAUCGUCUCACGCAAGUGGGGAUUCACAAACGUCAACCGUGAAGACUAUCUCAAGCUUAAAGAGGAGAAGCGUGUGCUCCAGGACGGUGCAUAUGUUCAGUACAUUCGCCCGAGGGGCAAUCUUGAGAGCAAUCUUCGCGCACAACUCCGUGCAUGA